CUACAUCAAAUGGGUCUUUGGAAGGCCUGCAUAACCAGGAGGGAGGGGUGUGCCAAACAAGAUCUAUGAAAAUCCUCAUGAAAGUUGGACAAGAUGCAAGUCCUGCUGGAUUAACCAGGAAUAAUGAUCCAACAAGACGUCCAGAGCUAGAAGCUGGUACCAGCACUGAAGGGAACACCGCAGGGCAUUCUGGGAACAAUCUCCUGGGUUCCAAAGUGGCCUUAUUCACAGGAAUCACAUCAGGAUGCAUCAUCUUCAUCGUCAUCAUCAUUACCUUGGUGGUACUGCUGCUCAAGUACCACAGGAGGCACCGCAAACACUCUCCACAGCACAGUACCACACCCAAGCAAGGUGGCAACAACUCUGGCUGGGAACCCAGUGAAGUUAUCAUACCGCUAAGGACUGCAGAUAAUGUCUUCCACCCACACUAUGAGAAGGUCAGUGGGGACUAUGGUGAUCCAGUGUACAUCAUGCAGGAGAUGCCCCCACAGAAUCCUGGCAACAUUUACUACAAGGUCUGAGGCCUGGGACCUUCGCCUCGCAAGGGAACUCUCACCUUGUUGUGGGUGCAGGGACUGAGCCUGGCUCUGGGGGCGGAAUGCCUCCUGGAAGAGCCUGGAGCAGGAGACUUUUGUAGGCUGUAGUUUUUCAGCCUUGGGGAGCCACAGACCCUCCCUGGAAGCCGGAAGACUGCUAAGAAAUCCCCACUUGAACUGCGGUGUCCCUGUGCGGACCUCUAUGCUAUGCACCCAGCCAGGCACUCAGGCCUCUGCAGAUCCCAUGGAGGACACGGUGGGCUAUGGGUGAUGCAGCAGUACCUUAGGACAAAGUUGCACCUCUGCCUCUGUGUUUCCUGCCAUGCACACUGGACUUGUCCCUCAGACCUUGGGUAACCUAAGUAAGAUUUUCCAAGAUCUGUAGCAUUUAGUCCUCACUCCUUCUGUUUCCAGGACUCUGCAACACCUCCCCAGACCCUUCACUCCACAUCCUGAAUCAUUCAGGGACACUCACCACGGGGCCUUGGCCCCAUCCUUUACACCAAGAUGAGAUUAAAUGGGUAUUAUGUACAGAAUUCUGCUUUCCUGGAGGCUUGGCUGGGUUGCCUGGGAGGGGUGGCCAAGUGAGGAAGGUGCUGGCUACCACCACAGGUGGAGCAUAGUGGGGAAAGCAAGAAGGAAACAAUAGAUAGUGCUUUGAUUUUGCUGAGAGGAAAGAGGAAAGUGGGAGACUACAGACUUUGGUGAGUGGUGGUGAGCUCACUAUCACAGGUAUGCAACUAGGAAUCAAAGUCCCUCUCCUGAAGUGGAACCAAGGGGCCAUUGCUUCAUGUUCUCUUUUGACAUCAUCAAUUGCUGAUUCUCCUGCAGGAUGACUUUGAUGCUAUGGGAUUUCUGCCAUUUUGCCAGCACUGGCAUGGCCCUUGGAUCCACCACUCCAUUUGAACUACUCACGCAGCUCAUAUUGUCUUUUGUUACAAAUCUUACAGAUGGGGGUGCUUCCAGGUAUUUAGGCCCACAUUCUAUUUUAAGGCUGUAUAUUCGGUUUUCAUAAAUUGAUCUUGGAGGCCCAAUUAUCAUCCCUGUCCAUCUUGUAAGUGUCAUUUCCUCGUCACCCUCUAGACCCCGGCUAACUGUGCCAUCACCUACUCCUUUCUGUCCUUCCAACUCUUCCAACGGUCGGAAAUUUCGAGGGACUUUUACACCAGAGCCUGUGGUGGCUGUCAACUUGCUUGCCAAUUGUUUUCUCUUAACUCGAGUUCCCGAUAUCUUGAGGGAUUCUGUGAUCCCAGAAAGAAAUAAAUCUUCCUUGCUAAA